UCCAGCAGACCUAUAUAACCCCGCACGAGGCCACAGACCCGCACUCUUCACGCACGCCGCUCACAGUCAGAACCGGCGGGCGGGAGAUGUUUGAGUGAGGGGGAAGUCUGCUGGAAGCGGCCGGCCGGAGCUGAUCCUGCGGGACGGCACGCUCCAAAGCGCGCGCUGAGGGAUGCCUACACUCACGCACGGACUUCACAGCGGACGCGCGCGCUCUGAGCUAGUCUUUAGCUUUCACAGUUAAAGUUUUCCGUUGAGGUUCUGACGUUUCUGCUCCACAAAGAUGCGUUUGGCCAAAGCUCUAGUGCUGCUGCUCAUCCUCGACUGCGCCACUCUGAGCGCGUGCCUGUCGACCUGCGCCACCGUGGAUAUCGACCACGUCAAACGGAAGAGGGUCGAGGCCAUACGAGGUCAGAUCCUCAGUAAACUCCGACUGACGACCCCCCCGCAGUCCCAGGGACCCAGCAAGCUCCCGUUCCAGGUGCAGGCGCUGUACAACAGCAGCAAGCAGCUGCUGGAGGAGCUGGAGAGGAACCGGCGGCGGAGCUGCGCGGCGGAGCGCGCGGAGACGGAGUACUACGCCAAGGAGGUCUACAAGUUCAACAUGGUGUACGGACUGCCGGAGAACAACGAUCUGCUCUACUGCCCUAAAGGAAUCACCUCCAAGGUUUUCCACUUCAACGUCGCGGCCAUGGAGAGGAACUCCACCAACCUGUUCCGGGCCGAGUUCCGGGCUCUGAGGGUCCCGAAUCCCAGCGCCAAGAGGACCGAGCAGCGGAUCGAGCUCUACCAGAUCAUGCGGCCAAACGAACCGGUUCGAAAGCAGCGCUACAUCGGAGCCAAACACGUGCAGACCAAAGGUACUCCGGAGUGGGUCUCCUUCGACGUCACGGAGACCGUUCGGGAAUGGCUGAUGAACCGAGGAUCCAAUCUGGGUUUGGAGAUCAGCGUCCACUGUCCCUGCCACACCUUCAGGCCCAACGGGGACAUCAUCGACAACGAAAACGAGGUUCUGGAGGUGAAGUUUAAAGGCGUGGACGGAGACGAGGAGCCCAGCCGCCUGGAUCUGGAUCACCUGAAGAAGAAGAAGGAUCUCUUCGUCCCUCACCUCAUCCUCAUGAUGAUCCCGCCCCACCGGCUGGACGCUCAGACCUCGCGCCGCCGCAAGCGAGCGCUGGACACAAACUACUGCUUCUCAAACGCCGAGGAGAGCUGCUGCGUUCGCCGCCUUCACAUUGACUUCCGGCGCGAUCUGGACUGGAAGUGGAUCCACGAGCCCAGCGGCUACGAUGCUAACUACUGCUCCGGGCCGUGUCCGUACCUGCGGAGCUCGGACACCACGCACAGCUCGCUCCUGAGUUUGUACAACACGCUGAACCCCAGCGCCUCGGCCUCGCCCUGCUGCGUUCCUGCGGACCUGGAGCCGCUGACCAUCCUCUACUACUCCGGACGGACGCCCAAAGUGGAGCAGCUCUCCAACAUGAUCGUCAAGUCCUGCAAGUGCAGCUGAGACGGCGUUCCCGGCAGGAUUCACGAGGUCCGGAUGAAGCCGGAACGCGGCGACUCCUGGAGCUGCAGCGAAUCCUGAAGGAGACUCGGGUCGGAUCAGAACUCCGAGCCGUUUUCUGGAGACGCUUUCUUCCCGUUUUCCCUCCCGGUUAGUUCUAAGCAGCUGUGACUUUGAAUCUUCAACCACUUUGGAUAAUAGAAGGAGAACCUGCGUCACCAUUGAGACUUAUUUAAGAUCUUUUGUGAAAAGUGCAUCAAGGAAUUGUAAAUAAUGGGAAGUUUAAGAUGUUUUUCUGUAUUUUUUUCUGUCCCGUUCUUUCUGCCGUCAUCGUUCCUUUUAAACUUGUGUUUGUUGAAAGUUUCCUCCAACCUGAACGAUGAGAAUCUCCAUCCUGACAUGAACAGACCGCUACGGCGGUCAACAGAUCCCAAUCAUGUCAUUACUGACAUUGUCGUAAUAAAACUGUCAUGAAAAGAA